AUGAGUAAUAACGAUAAGACAGCCGUAAAGGGCGCCGAGAAGGUUAAGGAAGAACCUUUUAUUACUGAAAAGAUGAAAGCUGACGGUAUUUUCAUGGUUGGUAGUUUCCUUGUUGUAGUAUGGCUUCUUUUCCAUUACGCCAUGAUUAUGAGAAAACUCUUGAGAAACCCAUACAUGGAAACUUCAGAAAUUGCCAUUCAUGGUGGGUUAUUUGUGAUUGAUCUUGUGGUUUCUGUCUACUUAGUUUUGGCUGUGUUCUACCCUUAUGUCUAUGCAGAUGAAAUCAAGAAGGAACAGGAAGAAACUGAAGCUCUUAAGAAAAACCAAUAA